AUGGGCUUGCGCAACUGCCUCGACGGCAAUAAUAUGUCAGGACAACGCAAUCUCCCCCCUGAAAUCGGGGAGCAGCCCCAACAGCCAGACUUGGAGGCCCCAGGGCCAGCUGCCCCCGGUGCUGGGCCUGGCCCAGCCGAAGAGAUGGAGACCGAACCGCCUGACGGCCAGCCCUUCCCCAUCGAGGCUGACGGCGACGCCUGUGGGACCCCAGAGGUCUCUGGGCCCACCUUGCAGGGCCUGCACUCGGCUGUGGGUGAGGGACAAGGACACCGAAGCUACAGUCCACCUCCCGAAGAAGCCAUGCCAUUCGAGGUCCAGCAGCCCUGCGUGGGAGGCUUCCGGCCUACGUUGGAGCAGCCAGGAUCCUGCCCUGGUGCCGGCACAGGCCUCAAGGCCUCUGACCCAGCAAGCGUGGACCCGGGAGCCUUUGCCAGUGCCGGACCAGGCCUGGGAGGCUACAGCCCUCCACCAGAAGAGGCCAUGCCUUUCGAGUUGGAGCAGCCUGCUGCCCAGGGAGGCAGCAGCCAGCCCACCCUGCAGGUCCCAGACCUUGCACCGGGCGGUCCAGGCAUGGGGGUCCCUGGAACUCCUCCCAAGGAGUCCGGAGCCCUCCACCCUGGCAAUGCCAGCCUCGGAGGAGGCUACAGCCCUCCCGCUGAAGAGGCUAUGCCAUUUGAGCUUGGUGGAGAAGCAUCUGGGGACGACAGCCCACCCCCCGGGCUUCCCCGAGUUCUCCCACAAGUGUCUGCCGGCGGCGGCGGUAGCGGCCAGUUCGCGGCAACCACGGCCCAGAGUGCGAUCUGCCUCACUCCCGCCGAGAACGCGCCUCCCUUCUGGGUCCCUGGCGCCAUCGGCAGUCCAUCUGGAAAAGCUGUCGGAUUUGCUAACUUCGUGGGAGACAGCCCCCCGGUGGAGAUCUCCGGACCCCCGCUCGAGAUUGACAGCCCCCCCGUUGGGGUCGACGACGCUCCCGUCAACAUGGACAGCCCCCCAAUCGCAAGUGACGGCCCGCCCACCCCCGUCCCCGGAGCUCCAGAUAAGAGGGAGCGCGCGGGGAGACCCCCAGUUGAGGGAGAAGCAGCCGACAUGGAAGCAGGCUCGCUCGGAACCUCUGCGGAGAAAGGAGAAGUCCCCGCUCCGGGGGACGGAGCCUCGGCCGCUCCAGCCGCUUCCGACACCGGGGCUGCGCCUGCCGCCCCAGGCGAGCCCGAAGCCGGGGCAGCCCCUGCCGCCCCGGCAGCUCCCGACGCUGCUGAGGGAGCCCCAGCCGCUCCCGACACCGGGGCCGUGCCUGCCGCCCCAGCAGAUCCCGAAGCCGGGGCUGUGCCUGCCGCCCCAGGCGAGCCCGAAGCCCGGGCAGCCGCUGCCGCUGCCGUUGCUGACGCUAGCGGAGCCCCUGGCACCCCGGCCGCUCCUGACGCCGGCGGAGCCCCCGAUGCCCCGGCCGCUGAUGACGCGGGUGCAGCCCCUGAUGCCCCGGCCCAACACGCCGCAGCCGCAGCCGGGGCAGCCAAGGCAGCCCCCGCCGCCCGGGCAGCCCCAAUCGCGCCUGCCUCCGGGGCUAGACGCAGGCUCCAGCACCUCAGGCCCCCCAGCCCCGAGAUCCAGGCUGCUGACCCGCCUACUCCGCGGCCUGGUCGUGCGGCUGCAUGGCGGGGCAAGGCUGAGCGCGGUCGCAGUCGCGGCCGCAGCCGGCGCCGCUACGGCGACGACACCGACGAGGCGGCAGCCAGCAGCGACGACGACUCCUCCACCGGAGACGAGUCCGAGGCCGGGACCACUGGAUGCUUCCACUGGUUCCAGCGGCGAACUCGCCGCCGCCGAAAGCCCCGCCGUAACUUGCUCCGCAACUUCCUCGUGCAGGCCUUCGGGGGCUGCUUCGGUGGUCGAGCUGAGAGCCCCCACCCCAAGCCCCCGAGCCCCAGCAAGGCCAAGAAGAUUUCUCUGGCGGAGAAGCGCAGACAGAUGCGCAAGGAAGCCAUGGAGAAGCGCGCCCAGAAACGCGCAGAGAAGAAACGCAGCAAACUCAUCGACAAGCAGCUCCAGGCCGAAAAGAUGGGCUACAUGUGCACACACCGUCUGCUGCUUCUAGGUGCUGGGGAAUCUGGUAAAAGCACCAUUGUGAAGCAGAUGAGGAUCCUGCAUGUUAAUGGGUUUAAUGGAGAGGGCGGCGAAGAGGACCCGCAGGCUGCCAGGAGCAACAGCGAUGGUGAGAAGGCCACCAAAGUGCAGGACAUCAAGAACAACCUGAAGGAGGCCAUUGAAACCAUCGUGGCCGCCAUGAGCAACCUGGUGCCCCCUGUGGAGCUGGCCAACCCUGAGAACCAGUUCAGAGUGGACUACAUCUUGAGCGUGAUGAACGUGCCUGACUUUGAUUUCCCUCCCGAAUUCUAUGAGCAUGCCAAGGCUCUGUGGGAGGAUGAAGGCGUGCGGGCCUGCUACGAGCGCUCCAAUGAGUACCAGCUGAUCGACUGCGCCCAGUAUUUCCUGGACAAGAUUGACGUGAUUAAGCAGGCUGACUACGUCCCCAGCGACCAGGACCUGCUUCGCUGCCGCGUCCUGACCUCUGGAAUCUUUGAGACCAAGUUCCAGGUGGACAAAGUCAACUUCCACAUGUUCGAUGUGGGCGGCCAGCGCGAUGAGCGCCGCAAGUGGAUCCAGUGCUUCAAUGACGUGACCGCCAUCAUCUUCGUGGUGGCCAGCAGCAGCUACAACAUGGUCAUCCGGGAGGACAACCAGACCAACCGCCUGCAGGAGGCGCUGAACCUCUUCAAGAGCAUCUGGAACAACAGGUGGCUGCGCACUAUCUCCGUGAUCCUGUUCCUCAACAAGCAGGACCUGCUGGCUGAGAAGGUCCUCGCCGGGAAAUCGAAGAUCGAGGACUACUUUCCCGAAUUUGCUCGUUACACUACUCCCGAGGAUGCUACUCCCGAGCCCGGAGAGGACCCACGCGUGACCCGGGCCAAGUACUUCAUCCGCGACGAGUUCCUGAGAAUCAGCACUGCUAGUGGAGAUGGGCGCCACUACUGCUAUCCUCACUUCACCUGCGCCGUGGACACGGAGAACAUCCGCCGCGUGUUCAACGACUGCCGUGACAUCAUCCAGCGCAUGCACCUGCGCCAGUACGAGCUGCUGUGAGAAGGGAACCCCUAAAUUUAAGUAAAGCCUUAAGCACAAUUAAUUAAAAGUAAAAGUAAUUGUACAAGCAGUUAAUCACCCACCAUAGGGCAUGAUUAACAACGCAACCUUUCCUUUCCCCGAGUGAUUCUAAAAAACCCCCCCUUCCCUCCAGCUUGCUUCAAUAUUCCAAAUUUAGAAAGCUUAAGGCGGCCUGCAGAAAAAGAAAAAG